AGGGAGAGAGAGAGAGAGAGAGAGAUUCAAUUCAAAUCUCUUCCUACAUUCCCUUCCCCUUCCCCUUCCCCCUUCCUCCCCAGCCGGAUUUUCUCGAGAAAUCCGCCGAAUUUAGCUCCAAUUUUUUCUCGAUGAACGUCCUCCUCCGGGGCAGGAACGCCCGUCCCCUGCUGCCCCUGCUGCUGCUGCUGCUCCUGUGCCUCGCGGUGCAAUUCCGAGCUUCGAUCGGAUCCAAAUCGGCUGGCGGAGGCCGGGAGGCGUACGUCACGCUCCUCUACGGGGAUGAGUUCUUGCUGGGAGUUAGGGUUUUGGGGAAAUCGAUUCGUGACACCGGGACCACUAAGGACAUGGUGGUCUUGGUAUCCGAUGGCGUCUCCGACUACGCCAACAAGCUCCUUCAGGCUGAUGGCUGGAUAGUGGAGAAGAUCAGCUUGCUGGCAAAUCCAAAUCAAGUGCGGCCGAAGAGAUUUUGGGGUGUCUACACCAAACUGAAAAUCUUUAACAUGACUAACUAUAAGAAAGUUGUAUAUUUAGACGCCGAUACUAUCGUGGUUCAGAGUAUUGAGGAUCUUUUUAAAUGCGGAAAGUUUUGUGCUAACUUGAAACAUUCGGAACGGCUUAACUCCGGAGUCAUGGUAGUGGAACCGUCUGAUACUGUGUUCAAAGACAUGAUGGCCAAAGUGAAUACUCUGUAUUCGUAUACUGGAGGGGAUCAGGGUUUUCUUAAUUCGUACUACCCUGAGUUUCCCAAUGCACAUGUUUUUGAGCCGAAUUUACCACCGGAGGUGCUGAACUCCCGACCAGUUCCAGAGAUGGAGCGGCUUUCGACUCUAUAUAAUGCUGAUGUUGGUCUCUACAUGCUUGCCAACAAGUGGAUGGUAGAUGAGAAAGAGCUCCGCGUAAUUCACUAUACACUUGGGCCCUUGAAACCUUGGGACUGGUGGACAUCUUGGCUUUUGAAACCUGUGGAUGUUUGGCAGAAUGUGAGGGUAAAACUUGAAGAUACCCUUCCUGGAACUGGAGGUGGAAGAAAUCCCAACGAUGAGCUUCUAGUGAAGUUGCUUUUCCUGCUACCACUUUGCGUGCUUCUAUUCUGUUACUAUCGCUCUUUUCUUCAGGCGAGGGAGUUCUUUGGAUCCAUCUGUAGGAGUUCAUUAUGUGAUCAUAUUAGACAUCUCUUUUACAAAAUCCGAUGUAAUGGAGCCUAUGCAUAUACUAGUGUCUCUACUCAUUCUGCCAUUAAUGGCAAUCAGCAGUUUUCCACUGGUUCACUGUCCAAGGUCCCUGCAUAUUUGGGUGGAAUUUCUAUCUUCAUCUGCUUCUUUGCUGCUCUGGUGGCUCUUUUGGUCUCUCUUGCCAUUGUGCCUCGGCAAGUAAUGCCGUGGACUGGUUUGCUGUUGAUGUACGAGUGGACAUAUGCAACUUUCUUUGUGCUAUUUGGAGGUUAUCUCCAUCUAGUCUAUAGAUGGGGAAAGACAUCGGCAGUUCAAAUGGGGGCCUUUUCUUCUCGUCCUGAUUCCGCUGAUUAUGAUUCCGGGAAAGGUCAUCAGAAACAAGCUUUGGCUUGUGAUGCAGCUACAUGGUUUUACGGGUUAGGAAUGGUGUUUCUUUCUAUAGCUGCCCCUGCUUUACCCUGUCUUUUUGGGAUCACUGCUCUCUUCUUGAGGUUGGGUUUGAUGGUUGCGGGAGGCAUUGUGUUGGCCUCUUUCAUGACUUACGCUUCAGAGCACCUCGCGAUUCGGUAUUUCAUCAGAGGCUUUGAAGACCGGGACACAACGCGGGGAAGAAGCAUUUGUUUCUUUUGUUAAUAGGAGACUCGGUAAAGCUCAUCCUCAUCUUAACUCGGCCUUGUUUUCUUUUACCGACGACUGUAAUAUAGUGUUAUCGCAUAGGAUGUGCAUGAUUCGUGUGUAGAAUAUAAUCGAGGGAACGAUUGCUGCUUGAUUAGAACCGCCCUCGUUAAGAGAGGGUCUGUUGUAAUAUUAUUUUUGGAGACGAUUGUUGUAGGUCUUGAUUUUUGCUUCCUGACAAUUUUGUCCUCUUCUAGUUCUCUAUCAAUGGAAAGAUCCACUUCCUCUUUCACAUUC